CAACAGUCACAAGUAGGUAUCAACUCAGCUCAUUAGUUGCGCGUGCGCCGCGAUAGAGGCGACUGGUUUAUCAGUGGCCGAAGCCAGUUCCGAUAAUGUGAAAUAAUAACAAACCUCACAAAAAAAUAAUAUCUGGCUUGCCUGCUUGUCUACUUGAUCAAUAAUGGAGUGCUAUACAUCGGAUAGUUGCGAUAGUGACAGCAGGGAGCAGAAAACACUCGAUCUAUCAAAUCGAUCUUUGGAUUUCGAGACAAUAUCGUCUGUAAUGGAGAGCAUUAUCGAAGAAAAGGGAUGUGUGGCAAAAUACGAGAUCAUUUUGCUCUACAGUAAUCAAAUAGAGACACUGCCGAGCUCUGUCAACAGGUUUAUCAACCUAAAGAUACUAGACAUAAGCAACAACAGACUGACCUCGCUUCCCGAUGUGCUCAAAAAUUGCCCACUUACAUCAUUGAUUGCUAAACACAAUCAAUUGACCAACGAGUCCUUACCAAAGUGCUUCUAUACAUCAAAAAACACCCUACGAGAGCUCAACUUAAGUGGCAACAAGUUAAACUUUUUCCCAGAACAAGUAUUACAAUUAACGUCGUUGAGAUACCUUUAUUUGGGCGGUAACAGUAUAGUCAAUAUACCAAAGGAUAUUUGGAAGUUGAAUAGUUUACAAAUAUUAUCAUUAGGAGGCAACCAAAUAACGGAGGUACCUGACUCGGUGGGAGGUCUGGUGUCCCUCCAGGCCUUAGUUCUAAGCAAUAACCAAAUAGAGCAGCUACCGAACAGCAUCGCGAACCUUAAGCAACUCAGGACGCUGCUGAUCCACCAAAACAGACUGAAGACCUUACCGACUCAAAUCAUAAAACUGAAAUGCCUGAAUGAGUUGAGUCUUCGCGACAACCCUCUCGUAGUGAGAUUCGUACGAGAUAUGACAUUGCAGCCACCUUCGUUGCUUGAGCUAGCCGGUCGGACGAUAAAGCUGCAUGAAAUUCCGAUAAAACACGGAGAAGUGCCCGCUACAUUGAUAAAGUAUUUAACGACUGCCCAGUGUUGUGUUAAUCCCAAAUGUAAAGGUGUAUUCUUCGAUAAUCGCGUGGAGCACAUUAAGUUUGUCGAUUUCUGCGGUCGAUACCAGAUUCCCCUGCUACAGUAUCUGUGCAGUUCUAAAUGCAUCACCGGCCGAUGGGAGAGCCGCGAAGUCGAUACCCACGCGCCAUCACACAUGAUGAGAAAAGUUCUUCUGGGAUGAAAAGUGUUGCUGUGCCUACGAAAUCUUCGUCAUCAUUAUCAUCAUCAUCAACAAACUAUAGGCGUCCACACCUGGACAUAGGUCUCUUGUAAGGACUUGCACCCACCAAGGCCUUGCGCCGCCUGGAUCCAGCGGCUCCCUGCUGAUGUUAUCUGUCCACUUAGUGAGAGGUCUUACAAAGUUGCGCUUUUCAUACCAAACCUUAUGAUCAUGUAAAUACAUACUCGUAAUAGUAUGUUCAAAGUAUCAAUAAAAUAAUGUUGUGAUAUUCAUGAUCAUGUCAAAUGCUGAUACAAUUAUAAUUAAAGGUAGACUCGAAACAGCAGCAAAAGAAAUGCAAUAUAUAGUAUAUGUAAAUAUU